AUGGGCGUGUUGUGUCAAAUAUUGAUCGACAGGCCGUUCGACGGCGUGCACAGAGCCGGUGGGCCCGUCACCGGCGUCGUCAAGUACGCCCUGGACCAGCCUAAAGAGUACAAGGACAUCAUACUCGCGCUCAGAGGUGAAUCAUGGUGUCACUGGUCCGAGAGCGACACCGACAACGAAACCUACAACUACACGGGAAAAGAAUCCCACGUCUGUGAAGAAGUGAGUCUGCUGAACCCCACGCACAGGACGCGAACACUCCCAGCAGGCGCAUACGAGCACAGGUUUCUCUUCACGUUGCCAAAGAUCAUCCCACCGUCCUUUAAGACGCGGACGGGCCACGUGUGUUACAAGAUACUGUUGGAGUUCAAGAAAGACGCCGUCUUCAACGCCACUAAGAGUUUCAAAGCGGAAAUAACUGUACGCAACCACUUGGACGCUACAUUAUUAGACACACCAACUGUUUUUGGUGCGGACCACAAAUUAUUCAAGCCGAUGUCUUUCGGGAAACAAGAGGUAUAUUUGAAAGGCGAGAUAGCGACACCUUAUAUAAUACCGGGAGACAGAGCUCACCUCAAAUUGAUGAUAACUAACGAUAGCACCGUACACGUGAAAUGUUUAAGAGCGGAGCUGGUCAGAUGUACUAUAUAUACAGCGGACGGCGGAAGGACUGCAAACCGAGAGAAGAAGAUUAAAAACUGCAUGGUGGAGACUGCGGAGGUGCGGCCGCGCAGCAAAGCCGAGAUGGCAGUCACCGUGCCAACACUGGAGCUAGAGCGCACCGUGCAACACAGCAAGGUGAUAUCCAACGAGUAUAAGAUCCUGGUGACGGCUGUUUUGCCGGUGCCGCAUCGCAACGUUACGGUCAUGGUGCCGAUCUUGCUGGGCGACAGAGCAUGUUCACGGCAUGAACGUUAG